AUGCCGUUUCUGAUCAGGCGCGGCACGGGCAGCCCGGGCGGGGUCCUCGCGGAGAGCGUCCCGAUUGCCACGGCAACGGGAGGGAGCGCGGCGGAGCGGCAGCGGCGGAGCGAGGGGGGGCUGUCGCGAUAGCCCCAGCUUGGGCAGGGAUGGAGGCGGACGGAGCCGUGGACCCGGUGGCGCUGGAGCGGGAGCUGCGGGCGGCCGUGGCGGCUGACGAGCGGCGGGAGCGGGAGAACGCGGCCAAGCUGCGGGCGCUGCGCCAGCGCGUGCCCUCCUAUGAGGAGUUCAGGUUGGCGGGGCAGGGCUGGGCGCUCCCGGCUGGAUCCAUCCGUCCCUGGGACAACCCAGUCCUUGGUUGCCUUUGGAGCUCUUCCUUUGGGAGCACCAAUUUGGGGAGCUCAGACCUGGCGGUUUCCAUGCUUUCUGCUCCGGGUGACUGCGAGCGCGGCUUGAUGGGCAGCAAACCCGGUGACUUGAGUCCCCAUCCCUGGAGGAACAUUGUGCUGGCGUCACACCUGAAGCCCCUAGAGAAGAAGGACAAGAUGGGAAAGAGGAACAUCUUAUGGAAUCCUUAUGCAGCCCACGCCAAGACCCCACAAGGCAGCGACAUGGAAAUACUCCAGGAACUGGAUCAACUGCCCAGAACAUCUGCUGAAUUUUACAGAGAUUGGCGCAGAUGCUUAAAAAGCGGAAAAGAAAAAUACCAGCUUCUGCUUGAACUCGGAGGGGAGGCCUUGGGCAGAAUCUUUCAGGCUGAUUUGGGCUUUGGCCUCCUGGGUGAAUUCCUUACGGUGCUGGCAGAGAACGUCUGUCCUCAAGAUGGAGAUGCCAUUCUUCAGAUCUUACAGAGCCUUUCGGGUACCAAGCGCUUCGGGUUAAACGUAGAUCUUCUGAGUGAGCUGGAGAAGGAGAGCAGCAGGGAUUUGUUUAGGAAGCUGCAGAGAAUGAGGUGGAAUGAUGGGACCGCUCGCCAUCCCAGAGGCCGAGCCGGCUGCGAAGCAGAGAGGGAAGCCCACCUCAUGGACAUCAGCUUGGAAAAGGAGGAAAGGAUACUACUGGAGCUGAUGGAAUGUUACCAGGUCAGCUGAAAGAGCAAAAGCAUUAGGGUUGUGCAGAGAUUGCGCGAAAGAGGCUCAAAGCUUGACUUUGGCAUCCGACCUUGUGUGUGACAGAAAAACUGGAUAUUUUUGGAGUGUUGCUGUAUGUUUGUCUGCACCUGGGAACCCCCCAGAGCAACAGUUUUGCGUAAAUAAAGAUUAGUUACCGAGAGGGCUGCGUUGUGAUCUCUGGGGCAGGGUGGC